CUAGAGAGAGAGAGACACGGAGCUCAGCACAGGGGGGAGCUGUCUGAAAAAACACCACCAACACCCCGAAUAAGAAAAACUGCCCCGGGUUGGUGUCAUUUUUGGCGUAGACGGCUAAUUUGACUUGUUUCAGACCAGAGAUUUGUGUAAAUGGUAAGAACGUAGCGAUAAGGUCAGAGGGAAGUAUAUUUUUCUGGGUAAAGUCACCUCGCCAAAUGAACUCCGUCAGAGCGAGCAGCAGGAGACCCAGGCGAGUGUCGAGGCCGCGCCCGGUGCAGCCGGAAAGAAACAACGCAGAAAGAGAUGAGGACAUCCCUGCAGAUAUGGUUGCAGAAGAAUCUGGUCCAGGAGCUCAAAACAGUCCAUACCAACUCCGCAGAAAGUCCCUGUUGCCUAAAAGAACCGUGUGCCCCACAAAAAGCAGUAUGGAGGGAGCCUCCACUUCAGCCACAGAAAAUUUUGGUCACCGAGCGAAACGUGCAAGAGUAUCAGGAAAAUCCCAAGACCUGCCAGCUGCCCCUGCAGAGCAGUAUCUUCAAGAGAAGCUUCCAGAUGAAGUCGUUCUAAAAAUCUUCUCCUACCUGCUGGAACAGGACCUGUGCCAGGCUGCCUGCGUAUGCAAGCGAUUCAGUGAGCUUGCAAAUGACCCCAUUCUCUGGAAGAGACUGUACAUGGAAGUAUUUGAAUACACGCGACCCAUGAUGCAUCCAGAGCCGGGAAAGUUCUACCAAAUCAACCCCGAAGAAUAUGAGCAGCCCAACCCGUGGAAGGAGAGCUUUCAGCAGUUGUAUAAAGGAGCACAUGUAAAGCCUGGAUUUGCAGAACACUUUUAUAGUAAUCCAGCCAGAUAUAAAGGCAGAGAGAAUAUGCUGUAUUAUGACACCAUUGAGGAUGCACUGGGAGGGGUGCAGGAGGCCCAUUUUGAUGGCCUGAUAUUUGUCCAUUCUGGCAUUUACACAGAUGAAUGGAUCUACAUUGAGUCCCCCAUCACAAUGAUUGGCGCAGCCUCAGGGAAGGUAGCUGACAAGGUUGUCAUUGAAAACACUAGAGAUUCAACGUUUGUGUUUAUGGAGGGAUCUGAAGAUGCAUAUGUGGGCUACAUGACCAUCAGAUUCAACCCUGAUGAUAAAUCAGCCCAGCACCAUAAUGCUCACCACUGUUUGGAGAUCACGGUUAAUUGCAGUCCCAACAUUGACCACUGUGUCAUCCGCAGCACCUGCACAGUGGGGUCAGCUGUGUGUGUAAGUGGUCAGGGUGCCGGUCCUACCAUUAAACACUGCAACAUCAGUGAUUGUGAAAACGUUGGGCUGUACAUCACUGAUCAUGCUCAAGGUAUUUAUGAAGAUAAUGAAAUCUCAAACAAUGCGCUUGCGGGAAUCUGGGUUAAAAACCACGGCAAUCCUAUCAUCAGACGUAAUCAUAUCCACCAUGGCAGAGAUGUAGGAGUGUUCACCUUUGACCAUGGCAUGGGCUACUUUGAGAGCUGUAAUAUCCAUAGGAACAGGAUUGCAGGAUUUGAGGUUAAAGCAUAUGCUAACCCGACUGUGGUACGUUGUGAAAUACACCAUGGCCAAACAGGGGGCAUCUAUGUACAUGAGAAAGGCAGAGGCCAGUUCAUAGAAAAUAAAAUAUAUGCCAAUAACUUUGCUGGUGUGUGGAUCACCUCAAACAGUGACCCAACUAUAAGGGGAAAUGCCAUCUUUAAUGGCAACCAAGGAGGCGUUUACAUAUUUGGUGAUGGGAGGGGCCUCAUUGAGGGAAAUGAUAUUUAUGGAAAUGCCCUUGCUGGCAUUCAGAUCAGAACGAACAGCUGUCCUAUAGUGAGACACAACAAGAUCCAUGAUGGGCAGCAUGGAGGAAUCUAUGUGCAUGAAAAAGGCCAGGGUGUAAUAGAGGAGAAUGAGGUGUACAGCAACACUCUGGCAGGUGUGUGGGUGACUACAGGAAGCACACCAGUGCUCAGGAGGAACAGGAUACACAGCGGCAAACAGGUUGGGGUGUAUUUCUACGACAAUGGACACGGAGUACUGGAAGAUAAUGAUAUCUACAAUCACAUGUACUCUGGAGUCCAGAUCAGAACUGGAAGCAAUCCAAAAAUCAGAAGAAACAAAAUUUGGGGAGGGCAAAAUGGGGGCAUCCUUGUUUACAACUCGGGGCUUGGCUUCAUCGAAGACAAUGAGAUCUUUGAUAAUGCCAUGGCGGGCGUGUGGAUUAAGACGGACAGCAACCCCACGCUGCGCAGGAAUAAGAUCCACGAUGGUCGGGAUGGGGGGAUUUGCAUAUUCAAUGGUGGGAGGGGGCUGUUGGAAGAAAAUGACAUCUUCAGGAAUGCACAGGCUGGUGUUCUCAUCAGCACAAACAGCCACCCGGUAUUGCGGAAGAACCGGAUAUUUGACGGUUUUGCUGCAGGCAUUGAAAUCACAAACCAUGCCACAGCAACUUUGGAAGGCAAUCAAAUAUUCAACAAUAGAUUUGGAGGCUUGUUUCUAGCCUCUGGUGUCAACGUUACAAUGAAAGAUAAUAAAAUCAUGAACAAUCAAGAUGCCAUAGAAAAGGCUGUAAGCAGAGGUCAGUGCCUGUACAAGAUUUCCAGUUACACCAGCUACCCCAUGCACGAUUUCUACAGGUGUCACACCUGUAACACAACAGACAGAAAUGCAAUUUGUGUGAAUUGUAUUAAGAAGUGCCACCAAGGUCAUGAUGUGGAGUUUAUACGGCAUGAUAGGUUUUUCUGUGAUUGUGGCGCGGGUACGUUGUCCAAUCCUUGCACAUUGGCUGGAGAGCCAACCCAUGACACGGACACUCUGUAUGACUCCGCACCUCCCAUAGAAUCCAACACGUUACAGCACAACUGAGACUGAACUCAUCCUCCAUCACAGCACCAUGGUCUUUCUUACCUGCCUACAAAUCCAGAGCACCUGCCAUUUCUGGGUCAGAGAGACCUGGUGUGCGAAGUGUGUUUGGAUUACUAAAGUGUCAGACUAUGAAUGAAUCAUUUUAAUAGAAACUAAAUGCAGAACUCCGAAACUGUGUAAAGCUGCUUCAGUACUGGAUGCAGACUCUUGUAUUUCGCUAACUCGAUGCAAAUGGAUUCAUGGAAUUCGAAUUACUUCACUCUCAGCGUACAAAGAAAUGAUGAGUUGGGAGAACAACGGAAAAUAUGGAAGAGUAAAAUAUUGUGAAGCAAUAUGUUGACUCAGGACUUUGGAGAUUAUGGAGGUCAGCACCACAGUGGUAUUGAGAUUUGAAGGGGAGUAGACUUGCUUUGUUCCUUCCAACUGCAUAGCCCUAUGCCUUGCUCCUACCCUGUGCAACUUCAGUGCUAUGUGGAGAUUCAAAAAGAGUUCUGCUGCAGUUUAUGUACAGACAUGUACAGAGCAACUAGGAAUUAUAGAUAGUGGUUUCUCGGAGUAAAGGCAGAGCCAUACCACUAUGGCUUCCUCUGACUGUUUUUGACAGCAAAUGUGCUGAGAUAUAUGUAUAAUAUGUGUGUAUGUAUAUAUGUGUGUGUGUGUGUGUGUGUGUGUGUGUGUGUGUGUGUAUGUAUGUAUGUAUAUAUAU